AUCCCUCACCAUGGCCUUACAAAUGAAUUCGUAUGUUAACACUGUGACACAAAAUAAUCAUCACAAUAAACAACUUUCCUUUACCAUAAUACCCAUCACAGAAGGUGCCUUAAACAAAACCAACGGCAAUGUAGCCGAUAUGCCAACAUCAACACAGAAACCUCCGGAUUUAACAUUUCAUUGUAUGUGUUGUGAAGAGUAUUUCAUUAGCCCGUUUCUAAUGUAUGAGCAUCUCAAUACUAAACAUGCCGACUUGCCAGAACCUCAAGAAUCCGAAGAGGAAUUAGAUGAUGAAAAAGACUAUAGUUGGGUAUUUGAGCCGUUGUGUGAAUUGGUGGCACCCGAAGAAGGAGGACCAACGAAAGUACCGGAAAAUGGUCAACCGGCAGAGGAUGAUGACUCAGACUCAGAUGAUUCAGAUUCGGAUGAUGAUUCAAGUUCUUCGUCUUCAUCGAGUUCUUCAUCGUCGUCGUCAGACAGUUCAUCAAAUACGAAUAGUAACACAAACACACAAGAUGAGAUGACCAGAGAUUCGUCGUUGGUGGCGGCUAAACCUGCCUUAACUAUGGAUGACAAUACUACUAUGGAGGUAAUGGAGGAGGCUGCUUAUGAAGAAGUUGAGGCAGUUUCUUUACACUCUCAAAACUCCCAAAAUAAUGCUAUUCAUUUAAAAGUAGCUGAUCCCAGAGAGUCAACCUCAAUAAUACUCCUAAAUCCUCCUUUAGUAGAGACAACAAUGCCUCCCAUUAUGGCCCAGCCGGUGAGAAGGGGAAGAGGUCGCCGCAGUGCUGCUCAACAGGCGGCCAUUGAAAUGUCUUCUUUAAUAAGUGGCGAACCGAAAUGUUUUCAAUGCAGCCAUUGUGAAGCCAGUUUUCCCAGUGCUGGGGAUCUGUCCAAACAUGUGCGCUGUCACAUCACCAACAAACCCUUUCAGUGUUCCAUAUGUGAAAAGACUUUUACCCAUAUUGGCAGUUUAAACACUCACAUACGUAUACACAGUGGCGAGAAGCCUUACAAAUGUGAUUUGUGUUCCAAGGCCUUUACACAAUCCAGUAGUUUAAUGGUCCAUUUGAGAUCGCAUUCCAUCAAGAAACCCCAUCAGUGUCAUUUGUGUGAUAAGGGUUUCGUGAACUCUACAUCUUUGGUCAUACACUUAAAAACCCAUAAGGAUGGCGCCCGUUAUUCUUGCACAGAAUGCGAUAAAAGUUUUAAACAUGAAGCUCAGCUUAAAGAACACAUGAGCAUGCACAAUCAAACCUUGGUUUAUCAGUGUUCAAUAUGUCGCAGUGCUUUUGCCAGUUCCUCGGAAUUAGUACAACAUAUGAAAUGUCACAUGGGCGAGAAACCAUUCACCUGUUCCAUAUGCGAUCGAUCCUUUACCCAAUCCGGCAGUCUUAACAUUCAUAUGAGGAUACACACCGGAGAGAAACCAUUCAAUUGUAAACUUUGUAAUAAGUCCUUCACACAGGCAUCCAGCUUAAGUGUACACAUGAAAAUUCAUUCUGGCGAGAAGCCAUUUCCCUGUCAUAUUUGUGGUAAAUCCUAUAGUCAGGCUGCCUAUCUCAACAAGCAUAUACAACACCAUGUAGAGGCUCAAAAACAAGGCUUAGAGCCGGCCUGUACUGUACCCAAUGAAACAUUGCUGUGUAUUGUAUGCGGUGAAUUGCAUAAGGAUGCUACUUCAUUGGCCUUGCAUGUGACACAACGACAUGCUGCUCUCUUGCAUAAUAUGAAGGAAAAUAAGCAAUUCAAUAAUGCAGAAAUCUCAGAGGAAGAACGAAUACAACAGGAGCAGCAAUAUAUACAGCAAAUGCAAUUGUUAAUGCAAAUGCAACAGCAGAUGAUAAAUAAUACACAACAGCAGCAGCAACUGCAAAAUGCUGAACAAAUGCCGACCAUGGAGGAAGAGGUGGAUGAAGAGGAGGAUGAUGAUGAAGAAGGAAAUGAAACUAUACAAAAUACUCAAGUUGAGGAUGAUCUCAAUGAAUCACUUGAAGAAGAGGAGGAGGAGGAAGAUGAAGAAAAUGAAGUUAUGGAAGAGCAACAGCAAGACUUUAACAAUCAAGAGGACUAUGAAGAACUAGAAAAUGAACAGGGUUUGGUGGCUGAAGAGGAACAAGAAUUAGAGCAAGUAGACGAGGAGGAGGAGGAAGAAAAUUAUGUGCAGCAAAAUGUUUUACAAAAUAAUGCAAAUAAUCACCAAACCUAUGAGAAUGAAUCUGAAUUCGAAGAAGACGACGAUGAAGAUGAGGAAAUGAAUGAUAUUGAAAUGUUAGAUGCCACUAAUAAUUCCAUACCUUUAAACCACAGUGUUAAUAACGGCUAUAUGGCCGAUAUGAAAGAUAUUGAAAUGUCAGAAUAUCCAUUUUUGGAAGGCGCCGAAUAUGAUGAUUACGAUGAUUAUGCCGCCGAAGAAGAAGUCGAAACUGAAGAAUAA